CUUUUAUAUUUCUUAUUCCACUGAGAUAGCAUAGCAUAGCAUUAUUAUAAUUACUACUUUCCAUUCAAUUAUUUCAUCUCAUUUGAUUCCUGUUCAUUGUUCUAGCUCCAACUUCACCAGAAACAGAAUCAAUCAAUUUUCUAUUUUUUUAAUUGUUUGCAAUUUUGCAUAGAGAACAAGAAAUUUUUAAAAAAAAUUAAAAAAUAGAAAAAUGAGUUCGAUUCAUUUGAUCAGUGCUCCUCCGCUUCGGUCACUAUCUCCGUCCCUAUUCCCCCAAACCCAUUCUCCGGUUCCAUCCUCCGCCGUCCCCAAACGGCGUCGCUCCUCUCACUCCGCUCGGUUCCGCCUUGCCUCCGGCCCAAGCGCAACCGUCGAUUCGGUUCCGCGCGAGAAUGGAACUUAUACAGUUGCUGAUUUCAUGACUAAGAAGCAGAAUUUGCAUGUUGCCAAAACCACCACCACCGUUGAUGAAGCUCUUGAAGCACUUGUCAAAAACAGAAUCAGUGGUCUUCCAGUAGUUGAUGAUGACUGGAAUCUGGUUGGAGUUGUUUCAGAUUAUGACUUGUUAGCAAUUGAUUCCAUAUCAGGUGGUAAUCAAAACGAUUCAAACUUAUUCCCUGACGUCAAUAGUUCUUGGAAAACAUUCAAUGAGAUACAAAAGCUUCUUAGUAAAACUAAUGGCCAAGUUGUUGGAGACUUGAUGACUCCAACUCCCCUUGUUGUUCAAGAAUCGACUAAUCUGGAGGAUGCUGCAAGGCUGUUGCUUGAAACAAAAUAUCGUCGACUGCCUGUAGUUGAUAGAGAUGGAAAGCUGGUUGGACUUAUUACAAGGGGAAAUAUAGUUAAGGCAGCAUUGCUGUCAAAACGUGCUGGUGAUAGGCUCUCAUAGUUUGACAGAUGAAAUAGAAAUAGCUUUGCUUGUAGGCUGAACUGGCAGUAGUCAGUACAAUCUUGGUAAUUUUAGGAUGUAUGUAUGUAUGUAUGUAGUCAUUGUCUGGUCGAUGUUUGGACGAUGAAGAGUGCAUGUCAGACCAGAAGAGGAGCUGAAGGCAACUUUUGUUACCUUUCUGUUCUAAGAUAUUUUAAGUGGUGCGUUAGCACCGUUUAUAGAGAAGUGAUUUAUCGAUCUCCUUCCUCAACAUAGUUUCUGUGUGAGCUUGAGACAUUAUAUCCAGUUAAACUAUAUGUAAGCUUUGUUGAAUCUGACAUUUAUGAGAUUGGAAUGGAUCAUUUUGAGCACUGUAUUAUAAACUUGCUGUAAAUUUCAUACCAUUUUAAUUAAUGUAUUAUAAUUUUUUUUCUCAG